AUGAGUUCUCAUCCUAUUGAUUUGAAUCCAGUAGAACAAUCUACUUCUUCUUCUUCUUCAUUCAUUAUUAAUGAACAAGAGCAGCAACAACAAGGAUAUCAACCAACAACAUUAAAAUCACAUAAUCGUGCACGAUCUGUUUAUUUGCCUUUAUUUCCAACAAAAUCUUUUGGGCCAAAUGAUUAUUUACUCUUAGCUAAUGUACCAGUUACCCGUCUUGCACCACAUGAGAUUGCGAAACGUCAAUAUGGAGCAUAUACUUCUGAUGCAUUGAUGAUGAUGAAUAAUUACGAUUAUUCCAAUGAUGGAUUUAGUUUAUCUCAACAAGAUGUUGAAGAAUUAGCUGCACGCUUACGAGUUGGCAAGUCUAUCAUUACUUUUAAUGCUCAGCAACUUCGUGGAAUCUGUUAUACUCUUUUGACAUUACAUGAGUCAUUUCGACGAAAUAUCUUACAGAUAAAGAAUGUUGCUUUAACAGAAACAACACUUAAUUCGAAACAGAUGGCCAUUGCACUGGAAUUCUAUUUACAAAUAGAUGGUGAGUGUUUGCUGUAG